AUGUCAGGUGAACUGGUGCUGACUGUUGGCGGUGCUGCCUCUGUGCUCUUCAGCAGCCACUUACCUGCUUGUAAGUUCCACUGGUCUUCUUAUGUGGUGCUCUCAGAGUUUAAAGAGAGUGAAAGUAGAAGCCACAAGACAUCCUGCUGCCUGCCUCCAGAAUCUGCAAGGGCCACUGCAGAGCAGGAUGAUGGUGCUGCAGCUAUCUCUGUUGUGUCAGUAUAUCAUGGGGAAUCAUCUGAAAAGAAGCUCUCAAUGUUGUCUUCAUAUUCGCGAUGUCAAGGAAGAGCAAGUGUCUUAGAACACACUUUCCCUCCUAAAGGAGUUACAGUGAUGGUGGUAAGAAAUCUGAGUGUGGAGACAACCUUCGCCCACUUAGGCUUCACAGACCACCCAGAGCUUCAGGUUCCUCUCUUUCCCGUGUUUCUGCUCGUGUACAUUAUCACCGUGGUGGGAAACCUUGGGAUGAUCGUGAUCAUCAAGAUCAACCCCAAAUUUCACACCCCCAUGUACUUCUUCCUCAGUCACCUCUCUUUCGUUGACUUCUGUUACUCCUCCAUCAUCACCCGCAAGCUGCUGGAGAACCUGGUCUUGACAGAUGAAAGCAUCUUCUACUCCAGCUGCAUGCUGCAGUACUUCUUGUCCUGCACAGCUGUGGUGACUGAGUCUUUCUUAUUGGCAGUGAUGGCCUAUGACUGCUUUGUGGCCAUCUGUAUUCCCCUGCUGUAUAUAGUAGUCAUGUCAAAGAGACUCUGUGCCCUGCUGGUGGCAGGGUCAUAUAUCUGGGGUAUGUUUGGCACCUUGGUGCUCCUGUGCUAUGCUCUUCGACUGAGUUUUUCUGGAUUUAAUGUCAUCAACCACUUUUUCUGUGAGUACACAGCCCUCAUUGCUAUCUCCAGCUCUGACAUCCACCUCCCCUACCUGCUGCUCUUUGGCUCUGCCACCUUCAAUGAGGUGAGUACCCUACUGAUCAUCCUCACCUCCUAUGUGUUUAUUGUUGUGACUGUGUUAAAAAUCUCUUCUGCCAGUGGGUGUCGCAAAGCCUUCUCCACCUGUGCCUCCCACCUGACCGCCAUCACCAUCUUCCAUGGGACCAUCCUUUCUCUUUACUGUGUUCCCAACUCCAAAAACUCCAGGCAAACUGUCAAAGUGGCUUCUGUGUUUUACACAGUCAUCAACCCCAUGCUGAACCCCCUAAUCUACAGCCUGAGGAACAAAGAUGUCAAAGAGGUUGUCUGGAAGUUGGUAGACAAAAAAAUCCUGUUUCACUGA